AUGGGUGAAGUUUCAAAUGAUUUUAUAAAUGAAGGAGCCAUAGAUUCUGAAUUUGAAAUAGAGAGCCAUGAUGAUAUGAUGUCACAAAAUGAAAUAGAAUCAUCAUUCUUAUUUUCUGAAAAAAAAUUUGGUCACAUUACUCGGGAAAAUGGAGUUCUUCAUCAAAGAACUUAUUUAUGUAAUCAUGAAGGCUUUUAUGAAUUGAAUACUAAAAAAAAUACAGUUACUAAAAAGACACAAUAUCCUUAUCUUGUCAAUACCUCAUGCUCUAAAAUUAAUAAUAUAGAACAUUCUAUAUUUAUUAAUAAAAUAGGUGAUACUUAUAACCAUCUAUUGAACCCAAGUAGAAUUAUGUUUGAAGAUGGAAAACAAUUUAUUGCUGAAAUGCUGGCUAAUGUAAAAUUUAUGACUAAAAAUUGCAAAUUUGGAGCAACUACUAAUUAUUAUGGAAUGGCAUUGUCAUUGUUGGUUGAGUUUAACAGUAAUCGCAAAAACAUUUUAUUAGUGCAAGUACUCCUUUGUGAUAAAAGUGUUAGCUCAUAUAAGUGGGCUUUUACAGAAAUCAUUAAAGCUACAAAUGUUUAUCUAGCUGUUAUUCUUACUGAGGCUAAUCCAGCAGUUGAUGCUAUGGUUCGUCAAGCCUAUUGUUUUACAUGGUUCAAGUUUACCAAAGGAAUAAUUGCCACAUCACAAGUUGAAUUAGUAAAUGCAUGCCUAAAUCAUUUAUUACAUAGUUCAAAUGUCUUUUUAUAUGGCCUUUUAACUGAGAUUACUAGGCUCUUGGAUAUUUAG